ACAAGGAACACAUUCCCCCCCCCCGUGUGUCCUCAUACCGGGAAGUGUUCUGUGUAGUCCUGGUCCUGACUCUGACCGAGGAGGUCGAGUUCUUUUUAAUAAAAUAUAAAAAGGUGAGAAUGUCCACAGGUGAGCUCACGUGCUGCGUUUUAAAGACAGGCAGUUCCUCACGUGCGUGGAUCUGACAGAGUUCUUAGAUAAUCUGGAGCAUGGCUGCGCCCACAGGACCGAGGGGAUCAUCAUCCACCAGCCAGACCGGGUUUGAAGGGUUCCCGUUCCUGGUCCCCGGGAGAACACCUGAGGACGGAUCCGGUAAGGACCAGGACCAGCAGACCGGGGAGGGGAAGAAGAAGCCGUGCAGGGCGUGUACGGACUUUAAGUCUUGGAUGAAGGUGCAGAAGAAACAGACUGUCCAGGAGACCAAAGCUGCAGAGACAGAGGCACAGCCGGAGCCUCAGUGUCCACUGGACAGGGAAGAGUUAGGGCGUAACACCUGGUCCUUCCUGCACACCAUGGCAGCGUAUUACCCCGACCGGCCGUCAGCCACACAGCAGCAGGAGAUGGGACAGUUCAUCAACCUUUUCUCCAGGUUCUUCCCCUGCGAUGAAUGUGCAGAGGACCUCAGGAGCAGAUUAAAAACCAAUCAGCCGGACACCAGGAGUCGUCACGCCCUCUCUCAGUGGUUCUGCCGGAUUCACAACGACAUCAACGUCCGGCUGGGGAAGCCCGAGUUCGACUGCUCCCGUGUGGACGAGAGGUGGAAGGACGGGUGGAAAGACGGCUCCUGUGACUGAGUGAGGCUGAGCGACGCGAGGACUGAACUGAGAGAAAAUAAAAGCUUCCUUCACAAAUGGAAGUCAAAUGUCUGUUAAACUGAGAGAGGAGAGAGGAACUGGAUGUGCUACACUUUGAAUGUUUUGUGAUAGUUAACUGAUCUGGUGAUUUGGUGACUUAAUUAAAGAUUCCUAACAAAUAAGGGACGCUCUUUUUCCUCAGUAGAACAAGAAGCUUUACACUGACUACUGUGUGAAAGACAAGACAUCAUAUUUCCGUGUGUGUGUGUGUGUUGUUACAGAUAUUCUAUAUUUAUAUGAUUGUUGUUUAGAUUCCCAUGAUUCACUUCUAGCACUUAACUUCCUGUUUGUUUGUUUGUUUUGGGCUGGUGUCGAUGUUAAGUUCUUUAACUUGUUGACAGAAGACAGAGCUGAAAUGAGUACCAACACAUUUCUGGAAUUAUAAGUACAAUCAAUUGAUGAUUAAAGUUGAGCAGAUUAUUAAAAAUACAAACAUUUUGUUGCUUAAAGCUUC